CUGAAAAGCAGCAGCUUGUUCACCCUGCGAUGGCGGUGCAAAAUGCAGCCUUGUGGGCGUUUUCUGCCCAACCGUUUUUUAAUCACACUGACAAGAAGCGCAAAAAAGAUCAUUACACGUUAAACUCCCUCAAAAAUAAUAAAAAAGAUUCGCACAUGAUAAAAUAUAGCCAUCAAAGGAUUUCUUGCAGAAAUAAUUCACAUUUUAUUACAAGAGCAGUACACCCACAACGUCACGUCUAAGAAUACUGUGAACUGCAACAUGCGCGUCAAGUGUUUGACAGAAGUCCUCAACCAGCUGUUGUACAAACCUAUUUGCAAUCCAGUUGGGAGAUUUGUUAGAUUUCAUUUUCUCGCAUGAAGCCCAUCAGCAAUGUUCUUUUCUCCACUCAAGCAAUCGAUCUGUACGCGCUUUUUCGCCCUUUGAAUGAUUGGUUUUUAUUUAUUUUUAUUUGAAAGAGUUGCUUUCAGAGUUUGUUCCAAUGGAUAUUUCCUGUAUAAAAGAUAUGGACGGUCAUUGGGUUUUUAAGAGACUGUGAUGCCGUUUUGGAAUAACAAGGGAAGAAGAUAUAUGAUGGUGGUAGGUGCGUAGUGACAAGGGAAAGGUAAGGCACAAGGGGUAUCCGAAUCUCAUUUUUUUUUUCCCACCUAUGCAGGCUGCCACAAAAUGACAAAUUUCAAGCUUUUUUGAAUAGGCAAAGGACAAUGUGUAAUGGAUGGAGCAUUGUAAGUGGAGGAGAAUUCAUGACUUGAAUAGAAACCCCUUGGGCAACAACUGUUAUACACUAACCGCUUCUGGAUUUUAGUCUGUAUAUAGUAUGUGAUAUGCUGCAGGGGGAUUAUGGUCUCAGAAUUGUACCCUAAAAAAUGCAUUUUGGAUGAAAUCAAAAUGGCCAACCAUGAAGGGAAUCAAUGUGGAUGGUUGUCGAGAGUGGAAGGGUGUGGAAGAAUUUUUCUAAGGAAAAGUGAUCAUGAAAGGUGAUUCCGAAAUAGUAAAGUGGGUCUGGACUUUCAAGGUUCAAAACAUACUCAAGCCAAGCCCAUAGUUAUAAAGGGCAGGAAGCUCGGUGGUAAGAAUACCCUACAGAACCAAUGGAGGCUCCUAAGUUUGAAUUCCGGCUGGUCCAUGUCUUACAAUGCAAGAAUAGAAGUGGGAUUGAGAGAUGAUUCACUACUAUGAAGAAUGUUGAAGCAUUUCCUAGGUAAGUUGAAUUUGACCUAGGAUUGCUUGGAUCUAUGAACACAUUGAACAGGGAGAACCUGUGCUUGUUCGAACUCAAGUAUGUUUAUAUACAAAAUGUUAUCGCAGAAGCUAAUGAUAUGAGACGAGUUUGAUAGGAUACAUGCAGAUUUUCUGUGAUGCCAAAUAAUGGAAAACCUAAAGAAAAGUUGGCAUUACUUAUGGUGGCAAAAGAGUAAUUUGGAGAUGGGUUUGACGAGAUUCCCUUCGAUGCUACAAGGAUGACCAGGAAAAAGGCAAUGCAGUUGAUCUAAAGGUCUCCAAAAGAAGCUUCAGUAGUAAGGAGAAUUUGGAGUCAGCUAAUGAAAUUUCGCAGAAAAAAUGAAUAGGCAAAGGGGUGGUUCUGAACAAGGCUGGAUAGGAAAAUCGGAUGAUUCCAUUAUGGAUACGGGUGUUGGAUUCAGUGGCCCUCUGAAUAUUCCUUGUGCUAAAAAACCAGGGCGAAAGACUACGAGAUUUGCAGACUUUCUCAAACAAGAUGAUGGUGACAUGGACCAAGAGUUAAUAGAGAUCACGUUGGAUGUGUGUGAUGAUUCUGUUGCAGUUCACAGCAUUAAAGAUGCGGAUAAUGCAGCAGAAGUUCCAGAUGUGUCAUUGCUGGCAAGGAAAUUGGAGCAUAAGACAUCAUUUGGAUCUUCAGUUAUCAAUACAACCUCUGCAAAAAUCAAGCAGGUGUCACAUGAUAUCAUGCGCAUUGCAUCCCUCACUUCAAAAAGAGGCCCACAACCUAGGUUGGAUAGAACAGUAUCAGGGGCAAAGCAUGCAUUGAAAGGAUUAAAAUUUGUAAGUAAAACUACGGAGAAUGCUGAUCGAGAAGCUUUAUUGAAGAGAUUUGAUGAGCUUUCUGUUAAUGGCCUGCUUUCACGUGCAGAUUUUGGUGUAUGUAUUGGGAUGGAAUCAAAGGAGUUUGCAGGGGAGCUUUUUGAUGCCCUUUCUCGGAGAAGAGGAAUAACCACACCUGCAAUUACAAAGAACGAGCUUCAGGAAUUUUUAGAACAAGUCUCUGAUCAAAGCUUUGACACCAGACUGCAGACUUUCUUUGACAUGGUGGACAAGAAUGCUGAUGGACGUAUCACAGAAGAAGAAGUGAAAGAGGUUAUCAUGUUAAGUGCAUCAGCUAACAAAUUAUCCAAGCUUAAAGAACAAGCUGAAGAAUAUGCUGCAUUAAUCAUGGAGGAAUUGGACCCCAAUAAUGUGGGCUACAUUGAGCUUCAGCAACUUGAAACUUUACUGCUGCAAGCUCCAAGUGAAUCAGCUGUAAAGUCAGGGAAUUAUAGCCAGAGUUUGAGCCAGGCUCUAAGUCAGAAACUUGCACCAACAAAGAUGCAAAAUCCUCUUCAGAAAUGGUCUCGAAAAACCAAGUAUUUUCUUGAAGAUAACUGGAAACGGGUGUGGAUUAUAUUACUAUGGUUCUUGGUAAUAGCUGGGUUAUUCACCUGGAAAUUUAUUGCGUACAAGAACAAGUCAGUUUAUCAUGUGAUGGGUUUCUGUGUAUGCACUGCCAAGGGUGCUGCGGAGACUUUGAAGUUCAACAUGGCUUUAGUUUUGCUUCCAGUGUGUCGAAAUACCAUCACAUGGCUUCGGAAUAGAACGAAAUUGGGCAUUGCAGUCCCAUUCGAUGACAAUCUCAAUUUCCACAAGGUAAUUGCAGUGUCUAUAGCACUAGGAAUUGGUUUUCAUGCUGGGGCUCACUUAACCUGUGAUUUUCCCCGUCUGCUGCGCACUUCAAAAGAAGAAUAUGAGCCCAUGAAGCCUUUCUUUGGCACUGAUAAGCCACCAAAUUACUGGUGGUUUUUAAAGGGCAUAGAGGGAAUCACAGGCAUUGUCAUGGUAGUUUUGAUGGUGAUUGCAUUCACUUUGGCCACUCCCUGGUUCAGGAGGAACAAGGUGAAACUUCCCAAACCAUUGCAGAGGCUCACCGGAUUCAAUGCUUUUUGGUACUCACACCAUUUGUUUGUGAUCGUUUACAUUCUCUUGAUCAUUCAUGGAACUUUUCUAUAUCUCACACAUGAAUGGUACAUGAAAACGACAUGGAUGUACCUUGCAAUUCCUGUGUUGUUGUAUGGAGGGGAGCGGAUUCUGAGGGCUUUCAGAUCUGGCUCAAAACCGGUGAAAAUAAUCAAGGUAGCGAUAUAUCCAGGCAAUGUCUUGACACUUCACAUGUCGAAGCCUCAAGGAUUCAGAUACAAGAGUGGUCAAUACAUGUUUGUCAAUUGCCCUGCAGUAUCGCCGUUUGAAUGGCAUCCAUUCUCUAUAACAUCAGCUCCAGGAGAUGACUACUUGAGUGUUCAUAUUCGCACGUUGGGUGAUUGGACUCGUGAACUUAAAAAUGUCUUUGCAGAGGUAUGUGAGCCUCCCAUGACUGGGAAAAGUGGUCUGUUGAGAGCUGAUCUUAUGCAAGGAGAAAAUAACACGAGGUUCCCAAAAUUGCUCAUUGAUGGACCUUAUGGAGCACCAGCUCAAGAUUACAAAAAAUAUGACGUCUUGCUUCUUGUUGGGCUUGGGAUUGGAGCCACUCCAUUCAUUAGCAUUCUCAAGGACAUUGUUAAUCACAUGAAAGUAUCUGAAGAAGAAAGAGGUAUGGAGAAUACUGGGAGACAGAAGAAGAAACCUUUCAAUACAGCCCGUGCUUGCUUCUACUGGGUCACUAGAGAGCAAGGAUCAUUUGAAUGGUUUAAAGGAAUAAUGAAUGAAGUGGCAGAAUUAGAUCAGAAGGGAAUAAUUGAGCUGCAUAAUUAUUGCACUAGUGUUUAUGAAGAGGGUGAUGCUCGGUCAGCAUUGAUAGCUAUGUUGCAGGCUCUAAAUCAUGCCAAGCAUGGUGUUGAUAUUGUUUCUGGAACCAGAGUUCGCACACACUUUGCCAAGCCCAAUUGGAGAAAUGUCUUCAAGAGUAUUGCUCUAAAGCACAAAAAUUCCAGAGUGGGGGUUUUCUACUGUGGUCCUGCUGCUCUUACUAAUGAUUUGAGGCAGCUAUCACUAGAUUUCACACAUAAAACUUCCACCAGAUUUGACUUCCACAAAGAAAACUUCUGAUGCGUAAGUGAUGUGAUCAUGUCUUAGUUCAUGAAUAAGUGUCUGUAUUUUAGGAUAAGCACUUAAAGUAGUUGAGUUUGCCCUUACAUGUCUUGCAUUAUUAUCCUUUCUCUUAAGAGCAAAAUUUGCCCUUUUUUAACUACUCUUUUCUUGUAUAUUUUAACAUUAAUUCCAAAGGAAAGCAACAGAUGUCAUACGCAAGUAUGGAUUUAUACUUUUCUUCCAUUGUUUGCCAUGAACUCUGUCUGCCAUGUCGCAUUUACAGUUUAUGUUGAUUCGCCCUCACAAAUGUUACAUCUAGGCAUUUCUGUCCGGAUUAAACUCCUUGUAAUUUUGUAAUUUGUUCUUUUUGAAAGCUUCAUAGCUAUAGUUGAUUUGUCCCUGCACUCUUCGUCCACCCUGUCUAUCACUCUCCCUCCAAUUUCACCAAGGCACACUGAUAUCUAGGCUGUUCUCUAGUCAUUUGGAUCUGUUACUGUGAAUCCUGCAUUUGUUUGAGAUCAGAGACAACUUUGGAUGGCAUUUCAGUUACUAGUAAAGUGAUUCUUCUUGGGUUCUUGUCUAUUUUUAUAGUUACAUUAUUAUCAGCAUGUGUUUCUCCCCUGAGAUCAUCCUUCUGGUGUUUCAGUUUUGUUUUUGUAAAGGUAGUUAUUUUCAUAACUAUCAACUAAGUCGUCACCUGUAGCCCUUUGUAUAGAUUGUAAUUAGAGAUUUCUGUAAGAGUUUUGGACUGAGCAGUUUUAUUGCGCAAAUUGCCAUGCAAACUGGUCUAUAAUUUGCACCUUUUAGUUUCCUGGCAAGACUAUGAAUUUCAAGGAGAAAGAUGGAAACAAUAUAUUUUAUCACCACUGGCAGAUUUCAGAUAGAUCAAGAUGAACAAAGUAUGUAACUAAGCUUGAAUACCGGUUCCAAGAGAAUAAAAUUUACAAGUCCUACUGUAUCUCAAGGCAGAAGCUUAAACUUAUUUUGGUGCCAAGAGAAAACAUGAUUAUCAAAAUAGAUUUAUCACUUAUUUAUACAAGCAACUUGGUUAUCUCUUCUUUGGAUUCAUGACUUGAAAACAUGAGAGAAAUUCAGUAUAAACAUGCAAAGCAUAAUAUUGAAUUGUUGCACUUUUA